GGGACGGAAGAAAAAAUGAAAUCAACCUAUUCCGUCAGCUGCUAUAAAAGUAAAAUUAAAAGGUGUACGAUCCACUCAUGUUGCUUUGACGCCUGAUGAUGGGUGUUAAUAUCGCGGGUGGUUUCAGCGUGGUGAACCUGGUCCUGAUUUUACAGCUCUCUGGAAUUUCCGGCAACACGUAUGGGUCAGAAAGAAGUUCAUUCUCGAGAGACGCACAUCUUCUAGAUUCUGAUUCCGUAGCUCAAAAAGUUUCGCAUGUUAUUUGGAAGGAUGCUGCGGCCUGCCCUAUUUCAGCGGCUUUCGCUCAAAUCAGCCGUCUAAAUAACAGAGAAUCAGUUGAAAAUGCCUUGAGGAAAGCUCUGAGUACUGACCCAUCCGUCAUAGUUAAAAGUAAAGCAGACGGUGUGAGAGAUGUGAUUUGUGAGGCUGCCAAAAAGUUCUCGGAGCAGGUUGAGUCCCUUAAGAAGAGUAUCGAGGUGAGGAACGAUGACCCGUGGAACAACGACGAAAAUUUCGAAGACGCUUUGGAAAAUCUGAAGAAAGACAAGUCUCAGGUGGAUUUCAGAAAAGUCGCCGAAGGCGUGAACACGAGGAACAGUGGCUAUCGUCUGAGUGACGUGAAGCGGACGGCGUACAACAAACUCUCCGCUGUCCGUAACGCCUUCCGCCGCGAGAUCUACCAAAUCCAGCACAGCGCUGACUCCGCCGUGAACGUCCUGCGCGAAGGCACCCGCGCUUUGCAAACCGUCAAACGCGCGCUGGCUGUCGGUCAGAAACUGGGCUGCUUCGGAGAGACUAUGAGAGAGAAACAAAAUCCUGCGGAAUCAAACCUGUCCGAGGAAGAUCUCGGCAACGUUAUCGGUCCAUUCGAAGCUGUGUCCAGUCCGAAUUCAAGAAAUCCUGCGAAAUCAACCCUGUCCGAGGAGGACCUUGGCAACGUUAUCGGUCCAUCCGAACCUGUCUCCAGUCCGAAUUCAAGAAAUCCUGCGAAAUCAACCCUGUCCGAGGAGGAUCUCGGCAGCGUUAUCGGCCCAUCCGAACCUGUGUCCAGUCCGAAUUCAAGUCGUAGGGUUGCCCCUGGCCGAAUAAUGGUUCCUUCGAGUCCACCGACACCUAGCCGUGGUCAGGCUUUCUUCACCCCGUUCGUGUUUAGUGGUCGCAUUAGAGACGGCAGCAGGGUUAAUUUUUCGAAAGUUUCACAACCCCCGAUGGUAAAAAAACUAGUCCCGAUCGAACCGAAAAAAGAGGAGCCGAGACCUAUGGGCCCCCAUCCGUUACAUUUCGAUGGCUAAAUGCCAGCGGAUCCAGCAAUUUGGCAACGCCGGGUUUCCUCCACUAAAAACCAUGUUAAAUAAUCAAUUCGUCGCUUGGCUGACAUAAGGGCGUAACUACACAUUGAGGUGAGCCCGGAAAAGCAUUGAAUUAUAUGGAGGACAAGGCUCAUUGCAGAAUGUAGUUACGCCCUUAUGUCAGGUAGGCGAUGAAUUCUUGUCGGAGCGCCUGGCCUCUCCAAGAAUCGAUACAUUUUCAUAGGUUUAAAUGGAGAUAAACAAUGUUGCCAAUUUGCUGGAUCCACCAAUGCUUGGACGCGGAAGAAAAUUGGAAUUCAUUUUGCAUUGAGGAGCCAUUAUUUAUGCUCCUUUCAGAAAGAAUAUAGCUUCCCCUAGUUCCCCAAUGUUGGUAGGUGCUUUUUACCAAUGAGCCAAUUUGUACUUCUAUCCUUAUUGUAAAGUCAAGUCCAAUUGAUCUUGGAGGGUUCCGCUGGAGUAUUAUGACAUUAAUACAGUUCGAUCGAUGCAUCUUUGAA